AACCCUCGGCCUCACCCUUUACUUCUCUCUCCUCCCACUUCGCCUCCGCCAUUUCUUCUCUCUCAAGCUCAGAUUCUGUUUAGGUUUUUUAUUUCACGAUCAAUUUCAUGCUAUUUUUCUCUCAAAUUCUGCGAUCAUCUAGGGUUUCGUUUCCAUCCGAUGGUUUCGCGCGCCGAUCCAGUGGAAUCCUUCCUCCAAUCCGUAAGAGAUGCAAUCUCCCCUCUCGAGUCAGGAUUCAUUCGAUUCUCUAAAGAUCUCGAGUCCCAUUGGUCGAAGGAUUCGAGGUUCGAGCCGAGGGAUUUCGAUUUCUUCGCUAGAUCCAGUGGAUCCAUGGAGAGGAUGGCUAUCGACGCCUCGGAUGAGAAGAAGAAAGGUUUUAGAUCGUUGAUCGGAUCGAUUUUCCCCAAUUCGAGCAAGAAACGGGGAGUGAAGGAGGAUGAAGAGGAAAGAGACGAGUCUUGUUCCAAUUGCUUGCAUUUUGCCGUUUCUUGGUCGAUUUUUGUGAAUAAUUUUGUUCAGGCGUUUCCUAGUCCGUUUAAAUCGAAGAAGAAAGGCUUCAGGGAUCCAAAUUUGCAGCAAAAUGACAUAAAAUCUAAGCAGAGGCAAAAGGUUAAGAGAUUGGAUUCUAGGGAUAAGGAAAGAUUGUCGCUUGAAUUGCUGCUGUGCCUCGCGCUCAAUAAUUUGGUUCAAAAUCUUCAGAUGUUUGAUCACAGGAAGCUGAUUGCAGGGAUUAUUAAAGGGAAGAAGGCAGAGGUCAAUGGGCUUCUAGCAAAUAUUAGGUUUGCUAGGGUUGGAGGGGCGCCUGCUAAUUUGGUUGAUGCUGCUGCAGCCUCUACUGUUAGCGAUGAAGGUGGGUCUAGGGUUUCUAAUGAGGAUAAAGAAGAAGGUGAGGUCGGUGGAGCGCAGAAGUCUGCAGGUGGGAUAUUGAACAUUCCGUUGUCUACCGUUGAGAACUGGAAAUCUACUCUGCCCAACGUAUCACUUACCGAGUUGAUUGAGUUCAUUCCUCAGCUGGGGAAAUCUUCGUCUUCAGAGCACCCUGACAAGAAGAAGCUGUUCUCUGUUCAUGAUUUCUUUCGGUACACUGAAUGUGAAGGGCGGAGGUUCUUUGAGGAAUUGGAUAGAGAUGGUGAUGGCCAAGUAACUCUUGAAGACCUUGAAGUUGCAAUGAGAAAUAGAAAGCUACCAAGGAAGUAUGCCCGUGAUCUUUUGCGCCGUACUAGGAGUAACUUAUUUGCAAAAUCAAUUGGGUGGAAGCAAUUUUUAUCCUUCAUGGAGCAAAAGGAACCGACCAUUCUUCGAGCUUAUACCACCUUGUGUUUGAGCAAGUCUGGAACCCUUAAAAAGAAUCAAAUAUUGACAUCUCUCAGAAGUGCAGGCCUUCCUGCCAAUGAAGAUAAUGCUGUUGCUAUGAUGCGAUAUCUAAAUGCGAAUACAGGGCAAUCUAUUUCCUACAGUCAUUUCCGCAAUUUCAUGCUUCUUCUCCCUUCAGAGCGCCUAGAAGAUGAUCCUCGGAGUGUAUGGUUUGAAGCUGCUACUGUUGUGGCUGUGCCGCCUCCUGUGGAAAUAUCUGCUGGAAAUGUUCUGAAAUCUGCUUUGGCUGGGGGCCUUGCAAGUGCACUUUCUACAUCUUUAUUGCAUCCUAUAGAUUCAAUGAAGACACGUGUACAAGCAUCAACACUUUCAUUUCCAGAACUUAUCUCAAAGCUUCCAGAGAUUGGGGUGAGAGGCUUGUACAGAGGUUCUAUUCCAGCAAUUCUAGGACAAUUUUCUAGCCAUGGAUUACGUACUGGCAUCUUUGAAGCAAGCAAGCUUGUUCUUAUAAAUGUUGCUCCAACGCUUCCGGAGCUUCAGGUGCAAUCUAUGGCAUCCUUCUGCAGCACAAUCCUUGGAACAGCAGUCCGAAUUCCGUGCGAGGUCCUGAAGCAACGAUUACAGGCAGGCAUUUUUGACAAUGUAGGAGAGGCUAUUGUGGGGACUCUGCGGCAGGAUGGCUUAAAGGGUUUCUUUCGUGGCACCGGUGCCACACUUUGCCGAGAGGUUCCAUUCUAUGUUGCCGGCAUGUGUCUAUAUGCAGAAUCGAAAAAGGGUGUCCAGAGCCUUCUCAACCGCGAGCUAGAACCUUGGGAAACAAUCGCUGUAGGAGCUCUCUCGGGUGGUCUUGCAGCUGUUGUCACAACCCCGUUCGAUGUGAUGAAAACAAGAAUGAUGACUGCUCCACAAGGACUUCCAGUUUCAAUGCAAAUGGUAGCCUUUACAAUCCUUCGACAAGAGGGUCCGCUAGGCCUCUUUAAAGGAGCAGUUCCUCGCUUCUUCUGGAUUGCUCCUCUUGGAGCUAUGAACUUUGCUGGGUAUGAGCUUGCAAAGAAAGCAAUGGAGAAGUCUGAGCAUAAUGACCAGCUUCAGCAGUGAACAGUUUGUUUUUUUUUGGAGGAUGCACAUACUUCUUUUUUCAGGGUGAAUAUGUGAUGAAAGAUCGGUAAAAAUGUGUCGACAUGGCUCGAAUCUGCUUCAAGUUCAUGAGCAGAAGAUGUUUAAUUUUGUGUACAUAUACAGCGUGUGCAGUUGGUUAAACUGUGCAGUUUUGAUGUUUCGGUCAGCUGCUGCUGCUUUAGGAGUCUUCUUUUCGCAAUUUGUUGUGAAUUUUUAUGAUAAAAUUUUCUUGUUUGAACUAUUUACUAGCAGGAGGUAAAUUGGUUUAAAUAAACUGAGUUUGCCAGUUAA